AUUCAUCUUUGACGUGAAGGCGACUUUACGUUAUGCACAUUUCAAAGCACAUACCCAAGCACCGCGAACUUUAGCCAUUUUUAAAACGGAACAGCAAAAAGCCGACUGUCUGACAGCUACAGCAUCCAAAGCGGAACCGUCUAGUUUGGCUCCGAGUUCCCGGAGGGUCACUUUUAAGUGUCGCGCUUUGUUGCCAUGGACAGCCGCUUUUCUUCUUUGGCGUCUCGGUGAGCUCGGCGACGUCCCGCUGACCACAAGCUCUUGGACGAGGAGGCGUCACUUCGUGUGUCACAUCGUUAAAGAGACGAAUGAGAUGGGCACUGAGGGCACCGCGGAUCUUCGGACAUCGGAAGCAGUCGCCUUCUCGCGCGAAGAAGCAGCUCCGCUGGAUUAACGAGCCGCCGUCUUAAUCCGAGGGAAGAAGGGUGGACGCCGAAGAGACCUCGGCGAAGAAUCCAACGCUGCGGUCUUCUGUACCUUCUGUGGUCAGUUUCUAUAGCGCCGGGCAGAUCAGGCGACAGUAAAGAGCCGAGGUCACGUGGUCUGCGACCCUUACUAUGGACUCGUCGCCUGUCACCGCUGCCACCACUCUCGGCCCCGUCGCUGUAAUGAAGGACAUUGGCCCAGCCUCAGCCCUGAGAUGGCCUGGAAGCCACGACGGCCCCCCUCGUGAAGAUGACUGCUAGGCCCCCCUUGGCAGAGAAGGCCCUCUCGGAGGGCUAUGGCCGCCUCCGCUACCAGGACACCUCCCUGCUCGUGUGGCAGCAGCAGCAGCAGCAGCUGGAGCGGGCCGCCCCCAAGACCUACUUGAGCCGCAGUCGGAGCGCCUGGUACGGGCAGUAUGGCAACCAGGAGGUGCUGGUCAGAGACCGGACCAAAGCCAACCUGAAGGACGCCGGCCAGUCCAGGAUCUGCACCCUGAUGUGACAGGACAAGCUGGGCCAGGCUGUGUGGGGACACAGCAGUGUGACAAACAAGCAACUUUAAGCCACCCACGUGGGGUCUAAAAAGUGGUGGGCAUUCACAGUCUAACCCAACUGUCAGGACCACCCUGCCAUUAGUGGGCACAUGUAGACCCCCAGCAGGACCAGACAGGGACUUCAAGUGGCACACGCCUUUCAUCACCAGCUGUUAUGACAUUAACAGCACAAGAGAGAAAUCAGGCAGUUACAGGACAAGGAGAAAAGUGCCACGGGCAGAAAUGGCAGUGUGAGAACACGCUCGAGAGUGGUGGCACUGCAGAGCAAACAUGGAGUGUGAUGUGGAAAGGUCAUCACUGUGACUCGCAUCUGAGGGUCCCAGGUGUCAGCGGAGCACAAUGGGGACUGUGUGGUGUGUCCACGGGGCACCACAGACAUCACGGGGUCCGAGUGGGUGAGCUGGACUCCUCUACAUGUCACUUGUGAUUUGGGGGUCUCUGCUUGACUGACUUGCUUAUUUCUAUUAAUCAGAUGAUUCGUUGAACUCUGCUUCUCAUUUGUAGGCACUGAUCACAUGACCCUUUCUUUUUUUAUAGUCGCCAUGAUGUACAAAUCAGUCGUUUUAUCGGCUCUCAGUAUUAAAAGCUUCAAGCGCC